CGGUCUGCCAUGGGGCUGGGGGCGGGCGGGGAGGCAAGGAGCGGCGAGCCGUAAGCCAUGCACUCGGGGAACAGCACGGGCACCACCAGCCGCCCGGCCCCCGCGGCGGCGGAGCAGGAGGUGCCGGGCGAGCGGCCCCUCUUCAGCGCCGGCACCUACGAGCUGCUGGCCCUGCUGGUGGCCACCAUCGGCAUGCUGGGCUUGUGCAACAACUUGCUGGUGCUGGUGCUCUACUACAAGUUCAAGCGGCUCCGCACGCCCACCAACCUCUUCCUCGUCAACAUCAGCCUCAGCGACCUGCUGGUGUCCGUCUUCGGCGUGAGCCUUACCUUCAUGUCCUGUCUGAGGAGCCGCUGGGUGUGGGACGCCGCCGGCUGCGUCUGGGACGGCUUCAGCAACAGCCUCUUUGGAAUUGUUUCAAUUAUGACUCUCACUGUUCUUGCCUAUGAACGCUACAUCCGAGUAGUCCAUGCAAAAGUGAUUGACUUCUCUUGGUCUUGGCGGGCUAUCACAUACAUCUGGCUCUACUCAUUAGCCUGGACUGGUGCACCUCUUUUGGGCUGGAACAGAUACACACUGGAAAUUCAUGGAUUAGGUUGCUCAGUGGACUGGAAGUCAAAAGACCCUAAUGAUAUCUCCUUUGUGCUCCUUUUUUUCCUUGGCUGUCUAGUAGCACCUGUUGGGAUCAUGGCCUAUUGCUAUGGUCACAUAAUAUAUGCAGUAAGAAUGCUUCGUUGUGUGGAAGAUUUUCAGACUGUUCAAGUGAUCAAGCUUCUAAAAUAUGAAAAGAAGGUGGCUAAAAUGUGUUUCUUAAUGAUCUCCACGUUCCUUAUUUGUUGGAUGCCCUAUGCAGUGGUCUCUCUCCUGAUAACAUAUGGCUAUAGCAACCUUGUAACUCCAACAGUAGCUAUCAUCCCAUCUUUCUUUGCCAAGUCAAGCACUGCUUAUAAUCCAGUCAUCUAUAUUUUCAUGAGUAGAAAGUUUCGUCAAUGCCUUUUGCAACUCCUGUGCUUUCGUCUGAUGAGAUUCCAGAGGACCAUGAAAGAGACUCCAGCAACAAGGAAUGACAGACCAAUACGACCAAUAGUUAUGUCUCAGAAAGAAGGGGACAGGCCAAAGAAGAAAGUGACUUUUAGCUCUUCCUCUAUCAUUUUUAUUAUCACCAGUGAUGAUACUCAGCAAGUAGAUGACAACAGUAAACACAGUGGGACAAAAGUAAAUGUCAUCCAAGUAAAGCCUCUAUAGGGAUGAGCUAAAGGGAUGCGAGAAUGAGAUGGACUUCAGCCAGUAGACUGUUUAGGUUGCAGACUGGUUUCAGUGGCAGUGUCCAUGGGCUGCCAAAGGAAACCAGAUACUUAAGCUGUGAAAUACAGAAGGGAAUCUGCAUCUGAAGUGUUGCAGGCAGUUCAGUUUUGGUCACAGUACUGAAAUCUCUGCAUCUGUGCCAAAAUUGCUGAUGGAUGUCUUUGCUCUAAGUUUCUUAAAGUAUAUUGUAGGAUUGCCGGUCAGGCUGGAGAAACGUGCUGACAGAAAUGUUACGAAGUUCAGCAGGGGCAAGAGCAAAGUCCUGUGCUUGGGAAGGAAGAGCAAUGCUGCAGCACAGCAGGCUGGGCCCUAGCUGCCUGGGAUGCAGCUCUGUGGAAAAAGAUGUGGAGUCCUGUUGCUCCAUGAGCAGGACACGAACCUGCAGUGUGCCCUGGCAGCCAGGAAGAGCACCAGCAUCCCAGGCUGUACUGACAGAGUCGGAGCCAGUAGUCUGAAGUGAUUAUGCCCUCAACUCAGCCCUCCAUUAGACCACAUCUAGAUACUGCAUCCCAUUUUGGGACCCCAAUGCAAGCAAAACAUCUGUAAACUGGGGUGAGUUUUGUGGAGUCCCCCAAGACUGUCAGUGGCUGUAGUACUUGGCCUGUGAGGAGAGGCUGGGGGAGCUGCGCUUGACCAGUGUAGAAAUCAAGCGUCUUCCAGUAGAGAUGGGGAGUUUUUCAAUAUGAUGGAGCCAGGCUCUUCAGAGCAAUUCACAGUAGAAGCAUCACAGGUAAUGAGCAUGGAUCUAAAUAACAGAGAUUUGGAUGGGAUAUAAGGACAGCAAACCCUGGGGACAGCAAAACAGUGGAACAAGUGAGACUGAAGAUUUCCUAAGGUUCCUUCCAGCUUCAGUUAUCCUGUGAUCCCUGAACUGCCAGCAUUCCCAGUGCACAGAGUUAUCAGGAAAGAAGGAGGAAUGUUUGAAGUUGACUGCAGUUUAGUUGGUUGCAGUUGAACUGGUGCUUUGCAGGGUGGGGAGCGGGAAAAGUGAUGUCAAAAAUGACUGGGGUUAUUGUUAAACCAGAAGCCCCCAGAAAGCUGUCCCUGUGUACUCAGCAAACCAUUCUCUUGGUGCUACCUGUUAGGACCCCUGAGGUACAUAGUGAAGAAAAUCAUGCAAAUCAAAGCACCAAUGAAAAAAGGUCAGUGAAAAGGGAGAACUGGAAUUUCUAUUUUUUUGUUAUGAUAUGUGAAUUAUGUAUCUUUAUCUUGCAUUCAUUUAUUCUGUACAUGGACCAGAAGCGUCAUCCUAUAUUAACCCUGAACCUGCUCUGGCACUUGCUGAAAUUAACAGUUAGAGAAGAGCAGGGUAACUUUUGUCUGAGUUGCAAUGUGAGUAAUGAUUAUCUUGGAGCUCAGUAAACAGCACAGAUAGAGAUAUUUCUCCCCACAUUUGUUAAGCGUUACUGGUAUAAAAUGACAACAGGAUUCUGCCCCAGACACAGCUUUCUGCCAGCAUUGGUUGAGUAAGUUAGAGAACUAAUUUUGAAUUUCAGCAGCUGGUUCUCUAUCACACUCCUUGGACUAGUGUAAUUUCUCUGCCUCAGUCUGCUAAAUGGGCAGUGUGGAACUGUAACAUGCAGUUUUUCCGUCUCUGUGAAAGCUAUAAGAAAAGCUUCUCCUGUGGACAAAUUUUCUGAGAGGGAACAUGCUGAAUAACUAUUGGUCCUGCAGUCAAAAAUAAAACUUAAAAAAUAGAUAGGAGAAAGUCAGGGUCUAAAUGUAGAAGCUUUCAUCUAGUUCCUGGGAGUAGGGAGUGACCUCAACUCAGAACAAGUGACUGACUUUGUGCCUUUGCUUCUGAAAAGGCAAAUUCCUUUUAUUGCACCCUUCUAAAUCUUUAGCACUGGUAAACUGGCUCUUUGUUAUGUUUAGAAGUGCAUCCAGAGUCCAUCGUUCUCUAGAUUAGAUUGUAUAAUCUGAGAGGAAACAGGCAAUAACUACUUGUCUGUUUCUUUCAUAUUUAUUUUUGUUUUGCUACAAAUGCAUAGGUAAGUUGUCUUGCGAUGUCAAAGAUCUGCACUUACUAAAGCAUGUUCAUUGCAAUGUCAAGAACUACAUUUUCAGACAGUGAUCACUACAUCUAUGCACGUUUAUAUUUACAAAGGGAGAAAGAUGGACAUUAGCACUCCAUGUAAUGAUUCUGUCCUAUUUACAAAAUGUUUGGCAUUUUUGUAUUUUCUGUGUAUUGAGUUUUCAGUGAGUGAUUAAAUGUACCUUAUUUAUA